CCCAAGUCUCCUCCUCAAAACAAGGCUUGGCUUCCAGGAGCCAGCCCUCUCCCAGGGGCUUGUUGGCUUCAAACAGUAGCUGAAGGGGAAGGCAGUUCCAAGAACCAUGAUGUCCCUGGGGGUUGCUAAAGGAGGGGUGAUUCCCCCCACGGAUGAGGACCGCAGGAGGAUCAUCCGGCAGAUGAAGGUUCGCACCACCCUGAAGGGAGACAAGAGCUGGAUCCACCACCACAACUCUGACUCUGAGGAGGAGAAGAAGAAGAGCAGCCCCCUGUCCAGGCAGGCUGGAAGGGGCUCCCCAGGCUCAACACCCACUGCUCCCCAGGGUGACAGGUCUGCUGCUGCCAAGCCUCAAGCUGGUUACCUCAUCAGAGGGGUGUUCACAAGAACCAUUGACAAGUCUUCUUCUGUGUCAAAUUCUUCACCUUCUAAUGAAGUGCAGAAAAGCACUGCCACAAAGGGACAGAGCCUGAGCAGACCUUCCUCUGGCUACAGGAUGACCACUGAGGACUACAAAAAACUAGCUCCCUAUAAUGUCAAGCAAAAACCAGCAGAUACGGAGGAGGAGGAUGCCCCUUUCUCUCCAGAUGAGCACAAAAAGAGGACAGAGGCAGCCAACAGUGUCCUGAGGAGCUCUGCCAGCAGGGAACGGGCGUACGUCCUCUCGGCAGCCAAGAAAAGCAAUGGCAGCCCAACACAAGAAUUUCCACCCUUGUUUGCCAAGAGGAUUGAGAUAGAAGAAGAGGAAGGGCAGCAGAGGAGAAGCUCAGCAGUGUCUGGUUCCUGCAGGUCCUCAGCAGAUGACAACAGUACUAAUGGGCUAAGCAAAAAUACCACUGGGUUGUCCCAGAAUGAGUCAGAGAGAGGAGCAGCAGCAGCUCCCUCCAGCCCUGAAAGAGGCAGUGAGAGCCCAAGAGCCACAUCCUUGAGUGACACUCCAGAGAGAAUCUCCACUGGGGCUGAAUUCAGGAAUGGUGACACCAGGCAGGCCCCUCGUGGGAGAUCCUCCUCUGAGAUGGUGACACAGCAUGGGGAGGGUGACAAGCCUCUUAAGGAAAAGGCUGAGCCAUUCCCAUGGGAUGACCUGGCCCCCAGAGCACCCCUGGUUUCCAGCAACAGGAGUUACUCUGAGCACACAGAAGUCAACAAUGGGGUUUACCCACCAAAGGACAGCCCAGCAGAGGCUUCAGACCAGCUGCACCUUCACUGUGAGACCUCCCAGGGCCUGGAGGAUGCAAAGGCUGCACCUGCAAGGUCCAGCUUGCUUCCUCCUCCUGAGAGAGCCCCUGUGCACCUAGAGGAAAGAGAAUAUUCCUUUAAAAGAUCUGUCCUGGGCUACGAGGAGAGAAGCAGCAGCCAGGGGAGCAGAUCCAGCAACCCUGAGGCCCCAGCACCCAGCAAACCUUACUGGAGUGAAGCCAGGUCUUCCCAAGAUUUCAAAGAGGGGAACACCCCCAGGGACAGGAGGCAGGAGCAGACAUGGCCCUCAGAUGAGUGUAAACCAGAGCUGACCCCAGGGUUUUUGGACUCAAGCAGCCAUAGUGAGAAGGGACAAGAACCUCCUGCCCAGGAUGCCCACCCAGAGCCUCCCAACAUGCCUGGGUCCAGCUCUCUGCCCAGAGAAAGCAGCAUCACUGCUCCAGAGACCCCUGGGAAGGAAGGUGACCCCUGCCAGGAAAGGAUCACUCCAGCUUGUGAAGAACAACCUUGUGUCCCCUCCCAGAGUCACCCUGAGAGCCUGGGAGACUGGAGGCACAGUGAGCCCACCCCCCUGGCACCCAGCAGGUCCAACUUCAGCUCAAAAGAGAGUGCCUAUGAGACCCAGCACUUCCCCAGCAGCCUGCAGGCACCCAGCCACAGGAUCCCAGCCUAUGUGGACAGCCAGAUGCUCAGCAGCAGGAGGCCUACCCCAGAUUAUGAAGGGAGAGUUUAUGAUGGCAGAAGCAGCCCUAGGAGCAGCAGAUAUGACAGCACUGGUGCCUGGGCACACUGUGAAUUUAACUCCCCAGCUGCACGCCAUGACUCCUUCCCCAGGGACACCACCAUGUCCAUGUCCCCAAGGAGCCACAGGGUGCCAUUCUACAUGGACAGCUUAAACUAUAACAGCACCAGGCUUCUCUCCAGUUCGAGUGAGAGGCUCUGCAGCCCCAUGGCCACCUUACCACACAGCAGCUCAGCCACCUCCGGGUACCAGCCCGAGCCCAGCACAGCCGGAAAAGGGGUCCUCUUUGUGAAGGAGUACGUGAACAGCAGCGGGCUGGCAGCCUCCCCACGCUACACCAGUGGCAGCCUUGUGGAUCUGAACAAUUUGGAGAGAGGCACCUACAGCCACCACAGCUACCUGGCCAGCACUCCCCUGCAGAGGUCCAUGGAGCCUCUGUGCAGUUACUGCAGCCGUGAGAUCCGAGACUGCCCCAAGAUCAUCAUAGAGCAUCUCAACAUCUACUGCCACGAGUACUGCUUCAGGUGUGGGAUUUGCCACAAAGCAAUGGGAGAUCUUCUGGAUAAAAUAUUCAUCCACCGAGACAUCGUCCACUGUGACAAGUGCUACGAGAAGCUCUUCUAGGGUUUUGCCAAGCUGGAGCAGGCAGCCAGAGGAGAGUCCCCAGCGGCACCUAUCAGGCUGCAGCCAGCAGCUCCUGACUGGCUCCGAUAGCUGAAUUCCUGCUCCCCUCCUUCCUCCAGUUAUUUUCCCUCUAACUGCCUCAUCACAAUGAAUGAGUUGA